AUGCUUCUACUAGCCUUGAGCGAUGCGCACAUCCCUGAGCGGGCAAUCGAUCUACCGCACAAAUUCAAGAAACUGAUAGGCGUUCCCAACAAGAUCCAACAGGUGGUUCUUCUCGGGAACUGCACCAAGAGCCAUAGCUUUCUCCAAUUCGUAAAUCAAAUCUCCCCCAAUGUAGUGAGUGUCAGGGGAGAGUUCGACAACAAAACGUUAGCCUCCAGCAAGACCUCCAGGGAGGAAAUACCACUCAACACCAUCCUCAAGCAGGGAGACUUCACCAUCGGCUGCUGUAACGGGUACACGAUAGUGCCGAAGAGCGAUCCGCUGUCGUUGCUGACAUUCGCGCGACAACUCAACGUGGACAUCGUGCUGUGGGGUGGCACCCACAACGUGGAGGCCUACACGCUAGAGGGGAAGUUUUUCAUCAACCCCGGGACCUGUACGGGCGCCUUUAGCGCCGAUUGGCCGGCCGCGCAGGAUUCCGAGCCCGGGGCGGCGGAGCAGCCGAGGUCUGACGCGGCGGAAACGACGACGCAACAGGCAUCUGGGGAAGCUGCACAAAGCGACGGUCGCACCACGCCAAGCGCAGGCCAGACCGAGGAUCCCAGCGGGGCCCACGGGCCUGCGACCCAGCCGGAAAACUCCGAUUCAGCCGCAGAGCCCAACGCCCACCCCAAUGCCGGUGCGGAUGACUUCGACGAGGGAUUGAAAAAUGUCCCCAGUUUCUGCCUACUCGACAUCCAGGGCUCUACCUGCACAUUAUACAUAUACACCUACGUGGACGACGAGGUGAAGGUGGACAAAAUCGUAUACAACAAGGGCUGA